CUCCGUGUUGAUCUUUUGAAGACGCACAUUAAUGACAUGGCUGUGUCCAGCACCCGGCCAUCCAAGCGAAAGGGCCAAAGUAGCAAGACAUUGGGCGCAACUCCUGCCAACGAGAAUCGAAUUGUCCCGUGUGCAACUCCUCCGGUAUCAAAUAGCUCCAGUCAGGGUCUUCCCAGAAAUGACACCCCCUCGAGAACCAAUAACGGCAUAUCGUCUUUCGGCCUGCAUGACCUGUGCACGGCCGCCUCGCUAGCAAGAGACGACUAUACCAGUGACAACCAAGGUAACGAGGCGACAUUUUCUCAGCUCGAUAGGGAGUUGAUCUCUCCUCAUCAAGCAGAUGCUGCGGACAGUUAUCUGGGAGAUACUGGAUACGGCGAGAUCUAUGGCUCAGAGAUACGACUCAAUGCCGAUGAUCAAAGGAGGCAAGCGGAGGUGCCGCUACCUUUCGUUGAUUUGCCGCCGCCAGAGCUUGUGCAGGGAUUCGAGGAAACAUACUUUGAGUAUUGCUCUACUUGGUGCCCCGUCCUUGACAAGAAUACGGUUCAAAAUGACCUGGAGGCAUCGCCAUUGGUCAUGAAUGCACUCUCCCUGGCCGCAAGCCAUGUGCAGCCCCCCGUGAUUAUCCAUGCAGAGCCUGCCAGCUACUACGAUCGCGUGAAGCAAUUAUUCUAUGGCGACCAUGAGCCAAAUCUUCUGCUGUGCUUGAAAGCAAUAGCCUUGGUCUAUUGGUGGAGUCCUCGCCCCCCAUCUAGAGUUCAUCGCGACUCGUCCUGGUGGUGGACAACGGUCGCGAUCCGACAUGCCCAACACGGAGGGUUUCACAGGGAGCCGAAGCCUGGUCAGUUGGAACGAUCGCAGAUUUACACCGGUCUACGACGAAGGCUCUGGUGGACAUUUUAUUGGGUGAAGCUUUGCGGCAUUGUCGGGAAUAUCGCCAAGCAUCUCAUGCGCACGAGCAACAACAUGGUCUUGCAUUUUCCUGUCCACCAUGCACAGGAGCUCAUCUCAUGGGCGCAUGCCCUUCCACACCACCUCUCGUUGCCUAUUGAAUCUGACUUGACCGUGUCCUUCAAUCGCGACGUGCACCAGCUACACCUGCCGUAUCUUGCAACCAUCAUCGUGCUCCACCUGAGCCAGUCAACCAAACCUCUUCCUCGAGCGUACCCGGCAGCCAUACUCGCAGCGUCCUGUAUAGCUCGGAUCUUGAAGGACUGCCUGGCUCGCGGUCGGAUUCGAUACCUGAUGGGCAUUUCGUGCUGGUAUUGUGGGAUGGCGAUGCUUGCUCUCCUGCACGCACGACGCAUACCCCAUCUAGCAAAAUGUGCAGAAGAAGACGUCAGGAUUGUUCUGCUUGCUCUUCAAUAG